GGAGCCACCAUCCUGUGCACAUCCGCCGCUCAGAGUUUGUCCUUCUCGAACAUCACCUCACCCAUCUGUCCAAAAUGCGCGAAAUUGUGCAUUUGCAGGCUGGCCAGUGCGGAAACCAGAUCGGAGCUAAGUUCUGGGAGGUGAUCAGCGAUGAGCACGGCAUUGAUCCCACCGGUACUUACCAUGGAGACAGCGACCUGCAGCUAGACAGGAUCAGCGUCUACUACAACGAGGCCACAGGUGGGAAGUAUGUUCCCCGUGCCAUCCUGGUGGAUCUGGAGCCCGGGACCAUGGACUCAGUCCGGUCUGGUCCCUUUGGUCAGAUCUUCAGGCCUGACAACUUUGUCUUUGGCCAGAGCGGAGCAGGAAACAACUGGGCCAAAGGUCACUACACUGAGGGGGCUGAGCUGGUCGACUCCGUCCUGGAUGUAGUGAGGAAAGAGGCGGAGAGCUGCGACUGCCUCCAGGGUUUCCAGCUCACUCACUCCCUGGGCGGCGGCACCGGGUCGGGCAUGGGCACCCUGCUCAUCAGCAAGAUCCGGGAGGAGUACCCGGACCGCAUCAUGAACACCUUCAGCGUGGUGCCGUCCCCCAAGGUGUCCGACACGGUGGUGGAGCCGUACAACGCCACCCUGUCCGUCCACCAGCUGGUGGAGAACACGGACGAGACCUACUGCAUUGACAAUGAAGCCCUCUAUGACAUCUGCUUCCGCACGCUCAAACUCACCACCCCGACCUACGGGGACCUCAACCACCUGGUGUCGGCCACCAUGAGCGGGGUGACCACCUGCCUGCGCUUCCCCGGCCAGCUCAACGCCGACCUCCGGAAGCUGGCGGUCAACAUGGUGCCCUUCCCCCGCCUGCACUUCUUCAUGCCGGGCUUCGCCCCGCUGACCAGCCGCGGCAGCCAGCAGUACCGCUCCCUGUCCGUGCCGGAGCUCACGCAGCAGAUGUUCGACGCCAAGAACAUGAUGGCGGCCUGCGACCCCCGCCACGGCCGCUACCUGACCGUGGCGGCCGUCUUCAGGGGCCGCAUGUCCAUGAAGGAGGUGGACGAGCAGAUGCUCAACGUGCAGAACAAAAACAGCAGCUACUUCGUGGAGUGGAUCCCCAACAACGUGAAGACGGCCGUCUGCGACAUCCCGCCGCGCGGCCUCAAGAUGGCCGCCACCUUCAUCGGCAACAGCACGGCCAUCCAGGAGCUGUUCAAGCGCAUCUCCGAGCAGUUCACCGCCAUGUUCCGCCGCAAGGCCUUCCUCCACUGGUACACGGGCGAGGGCAUGGACGAGAUGGAGUUCACCGAGGCCGAGAGCAACAUGAACGACCUGGUGUCCGAGUACCAGCAGUACCAGGACGCCACCGCCGAGGAGGGCGAGUUCGAGGAGGAGGGAGAGGAAGAAGUCGCCUAGAUCAUUUAUAUCAUCAAGAUCAUAUCUCACACACAGACACACCCCUCCCCACCCCCGCCAUUACAUCCCUCUCCAUCACGAGUUGAAUUCGCCGCCACACUGAACAACCGCCGCCGCCUAGAUCGCCGUUGCUCUAGUGUUAGACGUUGAUGUUAACUGGUACUAGUGACGUUUUUGGUUCAAUGGUUUCUGUUUGUUGUGAACGCACUGAAUCUCUGAUCUCCUCACAUCAGCCCUUUCAUUGCCUUGCCAAAUUCAAAAAGCAAGUGAUGUUAACUGUGAAGCCUUGAAAUUGGGGAAAUAUUAAAAUCUCGUUUUUGAAGGCCAAA